CAAGCUUGUAGACAAUUCCCACGGAUAGGCUUUUCACCGCCUUUUAUCGAUAAGAGCACCGAGCUCCCGAAUUAGGCUUAGAGGCGGCUCGGCGUCAGCUCCCCCGCGCCAAUGCGGUCAUCCAUAGAGCUUCAAUCCCCCGGCCAUCGGCACAGCCAUACAAAUCCAUAAGUACUACAAGUCGCCUAAUUUCUUUCUUUCUUUCUUUCUCCUAGCAAUACUACAUACUAUCCGCCCUUCGCUUUCUCCCCGAUCGAUCAAUCAUAAAAAUACUUUUCAAGCGAGCUACUACAACCCACCGGACCUCCCCCCAAAAAUGCCCUCCCCGCACCUCAAAUACAUGCGCCAGUGCCUCGCGCUGGCCGAGAAAGCCCCCGCUUUGCCCACCAACUUCCGAGUCGGCGCGUUGCUCCUCUCACGCAGCGAAUCCGACGUCACGCUCGAAGCCGACGACCGCCUCCUUGCCACCGGCUACACCAUGGAGUUGGAGGGUAACACGCACGCCGAGCAGUGCUGUCUCGCGAACUACGCCACGAAGCACAAUCUCCCCGCUGAGCGGGUGGGCGAGGUCCUCCCCAACGAGCCGGGCCGGAAGCUCGUCAUGUAUGUGACGAUGGAGCCGUGCGGACGUCGGUUGUCGGGGAAUGCGCCGUGCGUCCAGCGGAUCAUCCAAACCCAGCAGCCAGGCGCACAGCGGGGCAUCCAGAAGGUUUACUUUGGGGUGAAAGAGCCCGGAACGUUUGUGGGACAGUCGGAGGGGUGUCGGCUCCUGUCGGAUGCGGGGAUUGAGUGGGAGGUGGUGCAGGGGCUGGAGAGGGAGAUUCUGACGGUGGCGACGGCGGGGCAUGAGAAUAGCGAGGAGGAGGUGCGGGCGGCGAUGGAGACGGUGGAGACGAAUAUUGAUGAUAUCAGUGUGGAGGAGAGGCGGCGGCAGGAGCAGCUGCCCAGGAAUCCUAAGAAGAGGGUGAUGGAAGUGAAUUUGAUGGAGUGAUGGGGUCGGUACAUGCUGAAGGAAGAGGCGAAGGAUGUGUAAUGCAGUGUUGAUCAGUUGAUGACGACGUGUAUAUAGGUGUAGAUUAAAGAUACGACUGCUUCGUGCUGCAGGUGGCGUUGUAUUGGCG